CGUAGAAUUCCAAGUUUCCAGCCCACCACCACUCCCCGCCGGCACACGCGAAUGCCUAUUUAUCGAUCGACCUCCUCGCCGGCCGUACGUGCGGGCAGCCAGCGACGACCGGCGGCGAGGUGGGGCGGUGACCACGCGCGCCACGGCGCAGGCCGUUCACGUCCCGGGGCACUCUCGCCGUGGCUAACAGCCUAGCUAGCGCCUGCGAUCUUACGGGCAAAGGGCGUAAUACAUAUCGAUUGCUCCGUUCAACAUACCUGCUAAACGGGAAAGCACGAAGUACACAGGAUAACACAGAUGGGAGCCCGGAAUGGUAGAAACCGUUCUGCCGUCUUGGAUGACCUCUACGGAGUACAGCUUUGGCGCCCGUUGCCACAGUCGGCACAAGUAAGUGAGGACGAAACUCCACGAACCACCGCUGAAGGUGUAGAGUCAUCGACUUGUCAACUCCAGAAGGGUGGUAGAACACAACAAAGGCUGCUGAUCCGCUGCAGAAGACUAUGGCAGCACAGGCCUUCUUGCUUGAAGCCCAUCCACUGCAGCAUUACAUGUGACAAGCAUGCUGGCGAAACUAUUGCGAACGUUGUCACCUCACUGCCCUUCAUAGUUCUUGGACUGCAGACUCCAAGGAAGAACUUGAACACUGCUAUUUAUGCGAAUUCGCUGGUCGGGGUAGGAAUAGCCUCGAGCUUGUACCAUUCUUCCAAAGGAGAAAUCCGAAAGUUUCUGCGGUGGGCCGACUACACAAUGAUCGCUACCACCACACUGUGUCUAUCAAGAGCACUUAGGAAUGAGAACCCAAGAUUACUAAUGGCGGCAUCAGCGUUGCUCCUGCCAUUUCAGCCAUUGAUGGUUUCAGCUGUCCAUACUGGAUUGAUGGAGGUUUCCUUUGCACGAAGGGCAUCAAUUGAACCAGAGCUCAGGAUGGCACAUAACCUGCACAAGAUGUCAUCUCUGCUGGGAGGCGCACUGUUCAUUGCUGAUGAUUGCUUCCCUGACACUCCCUAUAUCCACGCCGCAUGGCAUCUUGCCGCCACAAUUGGCAUUGGCACAUGCAACAAGCUUCUUGAAUGACACUGCAAACAUUCCUGCUGAUAUCAACGAGUAGUUGAUUUCAGUGUUAUCCGGAAGUUGAAGUGCAUCCGAUGAUAGCAACUUGUCGACAAUUAAAACAGUAAACACCAUAGGUCUAUAAUGGAGAGGAGAUUGAAGUUUUAUCAGGUUGAUGCCCCAUACUGUUUUCCUUCUUACCUCUCAUAAAAGAGUUGUAGGUAAGUGUAGAUGAACUAGGUGUCUAGGUUGGCUUAUGUAUGUAUUUCUGCUAGGAUUUUGCAUUGAUUUUUCAUCAUUAUUGUGACAAUGAGGUGAGCUGUUGACCUGUUGUAGGGAGUUUUCACCACAGAAUAAAGAUGAAACAAGAGAUUUCUCGGUGUA